AUGGAGGACACCGCAGGGUAUGGUGCGCCUGAUCCGCCGAACACCGAGGAAAACGGUAUUGUUGAGAGUCGACUUGGUCUAUGGAUACUUGCGAAUCUGGAAGACGGACCUAGCCACGCCCAACGGACAUUUCAAUCCAACAUUGCUCUUGCUGAGAAUCUGGUUAUAUCUCUCCUGUCAGACAAAAGUACACAUUGCGAAGGUUUCCAAGUUACUGACGUGCUCCGAAGAUCACUGUACUUCGAUUUCAAUCACCGUGCGAAGACUCAGAACGCAUUGUUGAAUCUUACUGAUCUCGACGACUCCGAAGAUCGGAUCGAGACAUACAUUCUAUGGACAUAUACCCAAAAUGUCGAGAUCACGAUGCUUUUAGUCGAUGAGCUUUGGCCUACAGCUCUUGAAGGCUGUCUCGAUAUGCUCAUUUGGCUUAUUAGCUUGAGCCAUGAACCCGAUCGCAUUUUGUGCUAUGCGCUCGAAAGACGAAUCUGGGAUUUGUUGGACCAUUCAGAAGGAGGGCUGUACGAACACAAUGUCAAGACCUUGGCCAGCUUUGACAGAUUCAUCGAUCUGCUCUACUACCAAGAAAUGAAGAAUAAAUAUUUGUCGCACUUGAGAUACACUGCUGCCAAAUGGGUGGUGCUCAGAAGUGAUGAGUUUUUUACGAGGUCCAGCUUCAUGAGGGAGCUGCUUCAAAGGUUUCCUGGGUUCAAGUACACAUUUGCCAAAGUCUGGGUCAACACGUGGCGAACACGCCUCCCUCACGGCUGGGUUGACACACUGCACAAGGUUCCCAUCCGUGUGACUGCUGUGGACACGGACUCCGACGACCCCGCCGAUUUUGAUGGAUUUAAUGCAUGGGAGCAGGACGAAAACCGCCAAAUGCUGGACCCUGAUUAUGUCCAGCCCAAUUCGGAGCAACCAAAACCAGCGCCUACUCAUGACUUGGGGCACCCGAAUUUGAGAUUCUUUUUUUUCAAUGGCGAGGGGGCACCUACAGAGCAGAAAAGUGUUCGAUUCGAGGCGCAAGGUCUACAUGAUCUCCACGUGCUUGCAGAGCUAGCAACACGACGCAUGGAGUCACCGGAGAACUGGAGCGUGUCUGAUGGUAGUUCCGGUCUUGAGAACGGAUCAAGUUAUGAGUUGUCGCCUCAGAAUACUGCUCUCAUGCCUGACGAGGACUUGGCACCGCUGCAACAAUACGCUGUGAGAUCCAAUCUCAUCUCCGAGCUAGAUGACGAGAUAAAUGCCGAGGAUGGGUUAUGA